AUGAUUAUAACAAAAGUUGAGCGUGGAUCAGUAGCGGAACAAUUGCUGCAAUUUGGUGAUAUAAUUACAAAUAUUGAUGAUAAGAAAAUUGAAUCACGAAAAGAAUUUGAAGAAUUAAUAGCAGAAAUGAGCAAAAAUGAUUGCAAUUUUAAAAUUAAUGGAAUUCGAUUGAAAACAAAACUGGAAAUGGAAGAGAGUCGUUUUCCGAAAGGUUAUGAGCAAAAUAUGAAUUAUAAGUAUCACAUUGCUGUUUUAUAUUUCAUUCAAAAUUGCAAACUUGCGCUUUCUAUUAAAUCAUAUAACAAUAAGGUUUACGUGACACGUGUGAUUGAGCAUACAUUAGCAGGAAUGAGUUUAGCAAAAGGUGAUGCAAUCUUAGACGUUGAUUCGGUUCCGGUUACUACAGUUUCUGAUACAUCCAAUAUUAUUUGCGCUAAUUUACGGAAAAACGGUUAUGCAACUUUAGUAAUUGAACAGCCAAAUGAUCCAUUAGCAACAGCACAUGUUCGUCUAGCGCUAAUGACCGAAAAAUCGAUGGAAAUAGAUCUACCACUUGCGCCUGAUGUAAUCGAUAUCUGUCAACAAGAAUAUAAACGCAUGAAACGAGAUCCUGAUUUAAAACCAAAUCAAAAUAUUUUAAAAACUCAGGGUGAUAAACCACGUCCAAUUCAUUCACGAAUUCAAGUAAAUGAGAAAACGGAAGAUGUGCCGAUUGCAUGUGAUGAUAAUCCGGCAUUACUGAUGAAAGUGCCAAUAAAGUAUACAUCCGACAAACAGCAAUAUUUUUCGUUGUCUGAUAGCAAUAAAUAG